CCACAACUCGUCACAUAUUUCCUCUUCAACAUCUGCCCGCUGCUACUGCUUGAUCUUGUUCUCCCAAGCGCAAAUCCUCACCAUAAGAAUCAAAUUUCUUCUGGAAGACUGUCGCCAUCAUGUCGAAAGUUACAGUCGCCGGAGUGCGCCAAAAUGUGCAACAAAUCCUCGAUUACUCCCUAAACGAGAAGAAGAGGAACUUCCUCGAGACCGUCGAGCUCCAGAUCGGCUUGAAGAACUAUGAUCCUCAGCGUGACAAGCGUUUCUCCGGCACCAUCAAGUUGCCCUCCGUUCCCCGCCCUGGAAUGAGCAUCUGCGUUCUCGGUGACCAACAUGAUAUCGAUCGUGCCAAGCAUCUCGGUAUCGACUCCAUGUCCACUGAGGACUUGAAGAAGCUGAACAAGAACAAGAAGCUCAUCAAGAAGCUGGCGCGCAAGUAUGAUGCUUUCAUCGCCUCCGACAGCAUCAUCAAGAUGGUUCCCCGUCUUUUGGGACCUGGUCUCUCCAAGGCUGGCAAAUUCCCCACACCCGUCUCCCACGCCGAAGACCUCUCCAACAAGAUCAACGACGUCAAGUCCACCAUCAAGUUCCAGUUGAAGAAGGUUCUGUGUCUCGGUGUUGCCGUUGGCAAUGUCGGAAUGACUGAGGACGAACUGAUCUCCAACAUCAUGUUGGCCAUCAACUACCUGGUCAGUUUGUUGAAGAAGGGAUGGCAGAACGUUGGUAGCUUGACCAUCAAGGCUUCCAUGUCCCCGCCAAAGAGAUUGUAUUAGAUGCAAGCGUUCCUUUUGCGCUGCUGUCUUUUCUCUCGCGUUGGGUUGCGUGGUUGUGAUGUCUUGGUGUCAAGUUGGGCGGAAUUAGGUAUAUGUAGAAUAUACGUUAAUCAAAUAUGAUUGUCCCGCCUGAAUUACACUUGGAUUUAGUAGCUUUUUAUUCAUGAGCGUAGAGCUAGCUAUAUUUUCCUGCCCUCUGCCCUUGUUUAGGAACGUAGGCAGGCAUCCGCAGCCAUAUCUCUUGAAGAACAAUUCUAAGAUGAGUAAAUGUGAUAAUUAUUUAUACAUACAGCAUACAAUCCGUGUUUGACAAUUUAUGAAAUCAAAACACAGAUAUGCCCAGCUACCAUUUCCCACUCACUCCAUCCCCUCCAUCAAAUCUGUCUUAUCCAAAAUCAUCCCCCGCAUCCCAAUAAACUCCCUCAGACUCUCCCACUCCUCCCCUUCCUCCUCCCCAAUCCUCCUCGGGUCCUUAAACCCCCACGCCACCGCAACUUUAUCCAUAGCCGCACGCUCCUCUUCGCGCAACCAACGCUCCCGCAGCGGCAUGCCCGGUAUCCACACCACGCGCAUCAUCUGAUCAUUCGCCGUGGUGAUCGCAACCAUGCCAAUAGACGCCGUAAAGCCUAUAUAGGCAAGAAUUGCGGAGAACGACACCCAGAGUGCAGUGCUGGGUUCCAUAGCCGUUUGGAGGGUCGAUAUGUAUGAUGAUGCAGCAUAAGCCGCUGUUGGGGCAGUAGCUAGACCUGUCAAUGGCAGGGCAGCUUUGCGGAAUAUCUUGGAUCGGUAGUAGGCUUGUUUGCAGAAGGAUUCGUCGAUGAUGGCGAGGCAGAGGGGUAGGUUCUUUUUCUCAAUGGCUGUGUCGAGGGCGAUGUUUGCAAGGUCUUGCGGGAUUGCGUUCUUGACAGUUUUGGGGUUAGGUUUAUGGUAGGUGAUGGUGGAGCCGUUAUCGUUAGGAAUCGGUUUCGUGGCGUAAAGUGAGAAGAUUUCGGGGAAGUUGUCGGCUUGCUUGAGCUGUGACUGCAGCAGCGUGUAUUGACGGAGGACAUCUGGCGAAAUGAAAAUUUUGGGAUCUCGGAGGAAGUUAUUUAGCAUUGAUGAUAUUUCAGUUGCUAUUUUAGAUUGGAGGUUUGGGUUUUGCGAGGGCGUUUUCUUUGAUUUUUUAGGCGCGGUUUGUACGUCCGAUGCGGUUCCAUUCCCACCGUUUUCUACGUCUAGAUCUAGGAGGGACGACGUGGCACUAUUAUCGCCUCG